AUGAGUGAUAAUGCAGAGUAUAAGGAAGCCUUCGCGCUCUUCGACAAGAAGGGUACAGGCGCUGUGCCACGGGAGACAUUGGGCGAUCUCCUCCGUGCCCUUGGACAGAACCCAACCCAGGCUGAAGUGACCGAGAUUAUCGCGAAUGCACCACGAGAAGUUGACUACAAGACAUUUUUGACGAUCCUCAAUAGACCAGAUGGUUUCAAGCCUGCAGGAACACCUGAGGAGUUCAUCCGGGGAUUCCAGGUAUUUGAUAAAGAAGGGAAUGGUUUUAUUGGGGCUGGAGAACUGAGAUAUGUGCUGACGCAACUUGGCGAGAAGAUGUCAGACGAGGAGGUUGAUGAAUUGCUCAAGGGCGUUCAGAUCGGCCCCGACGGAAACGUGAAUUACGAAUCAUUUGUGCGCACGAUACUCAGUCAAUGAUCACAGCACCUUGUUCUCUAUCAAUGCCUGGACCU